GCUCUUCGUUUCCGCGGUCAACGACAGAUUAAAGCAGAGAGAAAAACAAAAUCCAUUGAAGAAGGAGAAGAAGAAAAAAAAUGGGAGCAUUUUGCAAGUUGAUCGAUGCGGUUCUCUUCUUAUACUUUGCUCUCAUGGCGGUAAUUGCGCCGCUUAUCGACGGUCAAACGAGUCUUCCCGGCGAUAUCUUCCCGGCGUUUAUCGUCGAUCUGAAUCGCUGGUACAUUGAUGAAUUUGGAGAUUAUCUAGUCAAAGAGAAGCCGCAUUUCCUAGUCGGACUCGUCUGGCAUGAGCUUUUGCUUCUUUGGCCGCUCUCAAUCGUCAACGUCUACGCAAUUCUCGCUGGGAAAUCGUGGUUUGGUACCACCUCAAUGGUGUACGGAGCUUCCGUCGUGACUUCUAUGGCUGCUAUACUGGGAGAGAUGAUAGGAUCAGGGAAGGCAUCUGAGAAAUUGUUGAUGAUGUAUGUGCCAUUCAUGGGUGUUGGUAUUCUAGCUCUUCUUCGUGGUCUUCUUUCUCAAUCCAACAAAAGUGGUGGAGCUGUUGGCAAGAGACCUGCUAUUUUGGCCAGGAGAAAGCGUGCUUGAGGUACACUUGAUGAUCAGCAAGUGUAUCUUUUGACUCUGAGAAUUUCUGCUAUAGGUGGAUUUGGCUUUUCAAACAGAAAAUUUUGAACCUUUGUGAUGUAUUCUUCCUGUUUUUUUAGCAAUAUCAUGUCAUCUGUGUUCUUGUUUGAAAUUAAAUGAAGUUAAACUGAAAAUAUUUUACAGUUCACUUCACCAAAAGGUCUACAUUGUUGGGUCUUGACAAAUC